AUGAAAAUAAACAAAAGAGGAAUAAUAGAGGGAAGAGGGAAGACAAGAAGAACAACGCCCAGAGACCUGUUCGUACAGGGCGGAUCAACUGCCAUUAUUUUGGCGCUUUCAGACAUACUCGGCCAGAUCGUAACGGGGAGAGUCACUUCCUACAUCCAAACGCCCUUUUUAAUGGGGCUGUACGGGUUUUUAACGGGAAACAUGUGCUUUUUAAUGUACACUCAGAUGGAGGCGUACGGAGGACAGGCAGCCGAGCACCUAAAGGGAUUCAGCGCACUGCGCGUAAAGACAGCUCUGUACAAAAUGCUCUUUGACCAGUUUGUGUGGGCUCCAGUUGGAAACUUUAUGUUCAUACUUAUUGCCAGCCUCGUAGACGGCUCUGGGUUUACAGUCCGCAGAGUCCUCCGAGACUACUUCAAAAUUCUCUUCGACAGCUACAAGAUAUGGCCCUUCCUUCAAAUGAUCAACUUCUUGUUUGUUCCCUUGGAGAUGCGCGUAACAUUCAUAGGAGUCUCUUCCUUAAUAUGGAAUACGUAUGUAAAGAUAGUAAGGCAGGGAAAGCUAGAAUAA